AUGGGAAAACGCAUUAUUGUGACCGGAGGUUCCGGUAAAGCGGGACAGCAUAUAAUCGCCUAUCUCCUGGAAAAGGGCCAUGAUAUUCUGAAUCUCGACUUGACGCCGUUGUCAGGCGAAUUGGCCAGGCGUGUGCACACGCUACGUGUGGACCUGACAGACAGUGGUCAGGUCUAUAGUGCGUUCACUUCUCAUUUCCAUCUGACGGAGCCCUUUCGUGAGCCUCUGCGUUGUCUUCCCGACGCGGUGAUUCACUUGGCUGGUUAUUCGCGCAAUAUGAUCGCCCCGGACAAUGAAACUUUCCGUGGAAACACCGUGUCCACAUACAACGUCAUUGAAGCUGCAUGUCGACUCGGUAUCAACAAGAUCAUCACUGCUAGCUCUAUCACGGUGUAUGGUGUAAGCUAUGCAGAGGGAGAUGUCGAGUAUCCCUCCUAUCCCGUGGAUGAGGAAGCCGACGCCAACCCCAUGGACACCUAUGCCAUUUCCAAAAUCUGCGGCGAGCGUGUUGCUCGCGGCUUUGCUCGGCGAUUUGGGAACGACAUCUACGCGCUGCGGAUCGGCAGAGUGGUGGCACCGGAAGAAUACAAGGAAGAGAUGUUCGACGACUAUGUGAAGAACCCUGACGCAUGGGCACCACACGCCUGGUCGUACACGGAUACCCGAGACCUGGGACAGAUGUGCGACCUUGCUGUUCAAAAAGAUGGCCUGGGCUUUCAGAUUUUCAAUGCUGUCAAUGACGAGAUCACCAAUUACACCCCGUCAACGACCGAAUUUCUUAAGCGGGUAUCUCCAAAUGUUCCGUUCACCAAAGAGAUGGGACCACGGGAUGCACCAAUUUCAAAUAAGAAGAUCAAGGAACUCUUGGGUUUCCGCCAAGAGCAUCCUUGGCAGAUGCAUUAUGAAGAAGCUGCUUAG